AUGCCUGUCCCAUCGCGAACAGCCAUCGUCCUGAUCGACCCCUACAACGACUUCCUCCACCUAGACGACGCCGCGACGAAGGUCUGGCCGUUGCUUGCACGGGUCUCGACGGUUGCAGAGUGGGUUAGCAUUCUUCAUGGAAACGCCAUUGGGGUGAAGAUCUAG